AUGUCAACCAAACUAGGUGAUGCAGAAGUUAUAAGAUGUACUAUCUUCAAUGGAGAUGGUGAAAUGAUACUGUACGGUAAGGAUAUGAAGAAGCUGGAAUUCAUGAAAGUUUAUAAUUUGGCAGCUCGAGAUUUCAGAAAGAUCACUAGACAUCAAAAUACGAAUAAUAAUACUACCAAUAUAAAUAUCGAGAUUGUGCCAUCAAUCGUAACUCGGGCAGAUAGUAUAUUAUUGAAUUUAUUACAUAUCAGAGCCCUUAUAAAGCAUGAUACUGUGGUGGUGUUUGAUAAUGUCAGGAGUUCCACUGGUGGUUCAAGGUUAAACAAGUCACAUUCUCAUAGUAUCUUUUUAAAUGAUCUUAGAGAUAGAUUAAAAGCUAAAGAUAGUGAAAGUUUACCAUAUGAGUUAAGAGCUUUAGAAACGAUUCUAGUGCAUGUCAUGUCCAAUUUAACUACCGAGAUGAAAGUUCAUAAAACAGUUCUUCAAAAUAUCUUACAAGGAUUAGAAGAUUCUAUCGAAAGAGUUAAAUUAAGAUAUUUGUUAAUCCAAUCCAAAAAGUUAGCUCAAUUCAAUCAAAAGGCUGUAUUGAUUAGAGAUUUAAUUGAUGAUUUAUUAGAGCAAGAUGAUGAAUUGAACUCCUUAUAUUUGUCCGAUAGCCAUAAAGGAUUAGAAAGAGAAGGAAAUAAUCAUGAAGAAGUUGAAUUACUUCUUGAAUCAUAUUAUAAAACCAGUGAUGAAAUAGUUCAAACCGUAGGCAAUUUACGAUCUCAAAUCAGAACUACUGAAGAAAUCAUCAAUAUUAUCUUGGAUUCAAAUAGGAAUGAAAUGAUGUUGUUAGGUUUGAAAUUUUCAAUUGGUUUAUUAUCGUUAGGUAUAGCAUUAUAUGUUAGUGCGUUAUACGGUAUGAAUUUAGAAAAUUUCAUUGAAGAAUCAGAUGGUGGAUUUGAAUUAAUUUGUCUUAUUUCAGUUAUUGGAUUAUUAAUUCUUUUGAGAUUCAGUAUGAAACAAUUAAAUAAAGCAGAGAAAGUUACAAUGACAAGGGUGUCUAAUGAAGAUCGUAUUCGUAAAAUUAUAGAACGGAAGUUUUAA